AUGCAAUACUCUACUCUCAUUUUUGCUCUCCUUGCUUCCGUCGCUAGCGCGAUCCCUCUGGAAGAAAACCCAUUCCCUGGUGCCAAGGAGUACACUCCCGGCCAGCACGUAGAGAAUGGCGAUGUCAUUGUCCCCGUGAAGGGCACCGCCUAUGUGGUCAAGGAAGAUGUCUAUCUUGCCAAGCUCAAGGCCCAGGGCAUCAAGAUUGGUGCUCCCAAGCUUGACCCAAAAUGGGUCCGUCGCAAUGUCGAUGUCACCAACCUUCCCAAGCGUGAUGAAGCCGCCAUCGAGCAUGAGAAGCGUGACAACUGCGAUGGUACACACUACAUUGUUACCGACAACACUGUGACCUUUGUCGAUUGGGACGUGCAGAUGUCCCCAGUCGUCUGCGCCGUUGGCGACAUGGACAUCAGUGUCUCGUCAGGCUACAAUGUCGCCAACUCGGUCGGAGGCAGCGCAAGCACUGAUCUCACUUUCAUUGCGGAUCGCGUUGGUGCUAGCUUCGGCGUCGACUACAGCAAGACAUGGACGACUUUGACCUCAGUUGUCACAAAGGGCACCAUCAAAGAUGGUAACUGCGGUGUCAUGAUCACCAAGCCUCUCACCACCCGUCGAUCCGGCCGCCAGUUCAACGGCUGCAUUGGCUCCGGCACUGAGGUUGGUACUUGGUAUGCUGAUAGCCACGAAGAGGGAAGCUACAACGGUAUCACCUGGAUUGAAGGUGCCAUCUCGGUGUGCUCCAAGCCGGGAAACAACCCUCCCAUGUCGCGCUGCAACGGACAAGGCAACUUCCGUUAA